UCUGCCUUGUCUAAUGCCUUUAAUUCAUCUUCUGAUAUGACAUCCAGUAUGUCACAGGAUAGGUUGAAUGGGCUAAAUCAAGGAGGACCAAGACAAAGAGCAGAAGCUUUGGCUGCUUUAAACUCUGCAUUUAAAUCAUCAUCCGGAACCAAAAGUUCUAGCCCUAAAACAACUGGAAGAAGUCAAGGAUCACCGGCACCGCUGCCACCCUCAAUGUCUUCAGAUGAGGACUAUGAUGAUGAUGAGGAUGAAGAUGACACUGAAGAUUAUAGCUGAUAGUUUUAGUAUGGUUGAACAAUAU